AGUAUUGCCCUUUCUCUCUCCCCGCUGUUCUUCUCUCUCUAAAUUCAGUGUACCUUUCCCUGCCGUCUAUGGCUAUCUGAGAGGGCGGGGAUAGGCCGAGGGGAGAGAUUCAGUGAAGUUGCAGAGGAUUGAGUGUUGGUUGUUAGUCCUUGGAAUAGGUGCGCGACGUUUAUCGUUGGCGCAUUGCCCUCCCGCGGGUGGAUUGUAGAUACUUGGGACAGAAUUAGCGUGGAGGAGCUAGAUACGAUUUUGUGGAUGCAGACGGCAAUGUGGUCGUUUGGUUCGUUGGAUGCGUUUCUGUUCGCUGCGAGUAGGGCUUUAUGUAGUCCUAUAGCACUUUUUGUUCAGAUCCAGGGAUUUUUCAUUUGCUUAGUUCUUGCACUUGGUUGGGCUUUGGCUUCUUAUGUCAGGAGUAAGGAGAUAAAGCGGAUUGAAGAAAGCAAAGAAAGAGGCAACGAUUUUUCUUUUCUUUGUCCCAAUAUUAAUGAUCUGGAACAUUCUAACCAGGUCGAUCUACCAAGGGUAUCAGUUGUGAUGCCUUUGAAGGGAUUUGGAGAACACAAUCUACAUAAUUGGAGAAGUCAGAUUACCUCUUUAUAUGGUGGGCCCCAGGAAUUUCUUUUUGUGGUUGAAAGUACUGAAGACCCUGCUUACCAUGCUGUUUCACGACUGCUAAAGGAUUUUGAGGAUGACAUUGAAGCUAAAAUCGUGGUAGCUGGUAUGUCAACGACAUGUAGUCAAAAGAUUCAUAAUCAGCUGGUUGGGGUAGAGAAUAUGCAUAAAGAUAGCAAGUAUGUGCUAUUUCUAGAUGAUGAUGUUAGGUUGCAUCCUGGUUCAAUAGGAGCCCUCACUGCAGAAAUGGUGAAGAAUCCAGAUAUAUUUAUUCAAACAGGAUACCCUCUUGAUUUACCAUCUGGAAGUUUAGGAAGUUACUGCAUAUACGAGUAUCACAUGCCUUGCUCUAUGGGGUUUGCUACUGGUGGAAAGACAUUUUUUCUCUGGGGGGGAUGCAUGAUGAUGCAUGCUGAUGAUUUUAGAACGAAUAAUCAUGGCGUUGUUUCAGACCUGCGAGAUGGGGGCUAUUCCGAUGACAUGACUCUUGCUGCUAUCGCUGGUGCUCAUAAACGACUCAUUACAUCACCACCAGUCGCCGUUUUCCCACAUCCGCUUGCAAGUGAUCUUAGCUUUGGCAGGUAUUGGAAUUAUUUGAGGAAGCAGACUUUUGUUUUAGAGUCAUAUGCCACAAGGGUGAAUUGGAUGAUGAACAAGGCAUUAUUUUCUACUCACUGCUACUUAUCAUGGGGGUUUGUAGCACCAUAUAUCAUGUCUGCAAUACAUGUGGCUGCAGCACUGAGGCUUUUCGUUGAAGGAUAUUCAUUUAGUGAAGCAGCAUUGCCACAUACUGGGUUAUUGUUGGCUGGUUGUCAUACAAUAUGCACAGUUAUCGAACUUCUUUCAAUGUGGAACCUGACAAGAAUAGAGGUCCACCUGUGCAAUUUAUUAUCCCCAGAGGCUCCUCCAUUAUCACUUGCAUCUUAUAACUGGUGUCUCGUGUUUGUCGCAAUGUUGGUUGACAAUUUUCUAUAUCCUAUAUCAGCCAUGCGGUCACAUUUCUCUCAGUCUAUCAAUUGGUCGGGCAUCAGAUAUCAUUUAAAGGAUGGGAAGAUAAGCAAGAUUGAAAGAAGCAAGGGUAAGGGACCCAAAUUUACGGAUUUAGGAGGAAAACAUUUGUACGGGAGGAGGGGAACUCCGAACAACUUCUCAUUCCUUCAAUCAUUGUCCAGAAUUCUUGCCCUCUGGACACAGCCCAAGAAAUAUGAUGUAUAGAGCCGGGCAUGGAGUUUAUGGUACAGAUUGUGCUCUUCUUACUUUUGGGUUUCUGUUUCCGAUGAAGUUACAAGUACAAAAAAGAUACCUUGAAUUUGUUGGGGCCUAUUGUUUGCGAGUGUAGCUUUUUGGAGGUGAUUAUUUUGCUUAGAAAUAGGAUACACAAUCAAUUGGAUGGAGGGAGGGAGGUUUGAUGCCUUGAUGAUCAUGAUUGUAAUCCUCCUAUUGUUAUUAUUCAUCUGUGUAGUUUAUGACAUUAUUUAUUCAUUGACUUACAGAUUGUAUUCUUUGUGGA